ACGACCGAUCGUAAGUUGUAUUACAAGUAGGCGACGAGCGAUCAGCUGUUGUUAUGAGUUCUUCGCGCGAGAACACCGUUACUCCUUCGAUCGUAGCGCCCCGUGUCUUUCUUGCAGUUUGGAGAUAAGGAGACGGGUCACAAUAUCGUUGCCAUACGAAUCGGGAGAACGGUGGAAACUAUUCGGUCGAUCGACUUCGCGGUACGCGGUACGGCGUAGUUGAAAUCUGCGCAAUUGAAUCGUUCGAAGGGAGAAAGGCCGAAAAAUAAGCAAAACAAAAAAAAAAAAAAUAACAAGGAUAAAUAAUUAAUGGGAACAUAAGUGAUAAUUGUAAUUACCGGAGAAUAAAUACCUAGUUCUGAAUAACGAGAUUUUCGUGGCUGGUUGUAAAACGUAUAUUAUUACGCGAAAUAACGGCGGUGUUGAGAUGAUCCUGCGACUUUUGAUUCUACUGGGUGUUGUAAAUGUACGAGAUAUUUCGGUGACUUGUAGCGGUCAAAGAUUCAAAAUUCUCGCUCUACUUCCCCAUUAUGGGAAAAGUCAUUGGACGGUCUUCGAACCAGUUUUGGAAGAGCUCGCCAGACGUGGCAACAACGUCACCGUCCUCGGUCAUUUUCCCAGAGAAAUUCCCAUGGAUAAUUAUCACGACAUAACGAUGCACGAAUCUGUUAAUCGAACCGUCAAUUCAAAGGACAUAGACGCAUUUUCGUCACGUUCUUACGUCAGUUUGAUGAUGGAUUUCGUACGCGACGGGGAUGAAAGCGUUUGUCGCAAAGGAUUGCGGCAUCCGAAUGUCCAGAAACUCAUAAAGUCCGAUGAAAAAUUUGACAUUUUGAUUACGGAAAUUUUCAACACCGAUUGCUUCCUCGGAUUCGUUCACAAGACUCAAUUACCCUUCGUCGGAUUGAGAGCGGCGCCGCCGUCCCCUUGGACAAAUGAGAGGAUAGCGAACCCGGACAAUCCAUCUUACGUGCCGAAUUCGCUAGCGGGGAAAUCCACCCGUAUGAAUUUUUUCGACAGACUCGAAAAUUUUUCACUGACCUUGUGGUACAAAAUUUUCUACCGGUACCACGACGGAAUCUGCACCGAAAUAGCGAGGGAACAUUUUGGCGAGGAAAUGCCGCCGCUCGAAGAAAUCGCGAGUCGCGUCAGCGUUAUUUUAUCAAAUUCACAUUUCGCACACUGUUUUGCAAGACCUCUCGUUCCCGGGGUAAAGGAAAUCGGCGGCGUUCACAUACCGCCAAAUAAACCACUUCCUCAGGAUCUGGAGAGUUGGAUAGCCGGCGCGGAACACGGUGUCGUUUACUUUAGCCUGGGUUCAUCGCUGCGCACCGAAAGUUUGUCGGUAAUCAAACGGAAAGCUUUUUUCGACGCUUUCGCGGAGUUACCUCAGCGAGUACUGAUGAAGUGGGAAGGAAAUGAGACGAAAGGAGUUCCGACUAACGUUAAAACGGUCCAGUGGUCACCGCAGUUUGACGUAAUUAGCCAUCCGAACGUGAGGGUAUUUAUUUCUCACGGAGGUAUGUUGGGUACGACCGAGGCUGUUUGGGCCGGAAAACCGAUGUUGGUAAUUCCAGUUUUCGGUGACCAGCCUACGAAUGCCGCCUUACUGGAGGAAAAAGGUUUCGCGGUCGUUCUCGGCUACUCCGAGAUCACCAAGGAAACUCUUUCAGCGGCACUCGGGAAGGUUCUUCACGAUCCGAGCUACCGAACGACCGCCAAAAAAAUGUCGGAAGUCAUUCGGGAUCGUCUGGUUUCACCUUUGGACGAGGCGGUUUACUGGAUAGAAUACGUCGCUCGUCACCGCGGCGCACCGUGGUUGAAAACACCUGCUCACGGAAUGCCCUUGUACAAAUAUCUGCUUCUGGAUGUGAUAGGCUUCGUGAUCGCGGUGUCGCUUUUGUCGAUUCUCGCAACGUGCCUGAUAGCCCGAAGACUGUACGUUAAAAUUAUGCGUAAGACGGUAGUAGCGAAAACGAUCAAUCGUGACGUCCGAAUGAAAAGUAAGAGAACUUGAGGAGAUCUAAAUUGUGGAAGAGAAUAACGGUGAUGGGAAGCGAGCGACGAAACGAAGAAUAAAGAAUUUCAAAUCGGAAA